GCAGAAUUCGAUCUUGAAGAAAGUAAAUUUAUUUAUUUAUUGGUAUCAUAUUACAGUUUGAAAAUGGGUUCUUCAACUGUGGUAAGUGGCAUGCCUGAUGCCUUGAAACAGAGCCGAUAUCAUAUGAAGAGAUGCUUUGCCAGGUUCACCGGAGCUGGAAAGCGGGUGAUGAAGUUGAAACAUCUAACAGAAGAGAUUGAGCAAACAAUAGAGGAUAAAGCAGAAAGAAGCAAAGUUUUUGAGGGCACACUGGGGCAGAUUAUGAGUUCCACACAGGAGGCAGCCGUUGUGCCCCCUUAUGUUGCUUUUGCAGUGAGACACAACCCUGGAUGUUGGGACUACUUUAAAGUUAAUGCAGGGAACUUGGGCGUGGAAGGAAUCAGUGUGAAAGAAUAUCUGAUUUUCAAGGAAUUGGUAUUUGAUGAAAACUGGGCAAAGGAUGAAAAUGCGUUGGAAGUUGAUUUUGGGGCAUUUGACUACUCUAAUCCUCGUUUAGCCCUUUCUGCUUCUAUUGGAAAAGGAGUGAACUUCAUCUCAAAAUUCAUGACUUCCAAGUUUGGUGGAAAUCUUGAGGACGCAAAGCCUUUACUGGACUAUCUUCUAGCUCUUAAUUAUCAUGGAGAGAAGCUUAUGAUCAAUGAGACUCUUGAUACGGUUGCAAAGCUUCAAAAGGCAUUGAUUGUGACUGAAGUAUAUGUAUCUGCUCUACCAAAAGACACGCCUUACAAAGACUUUGAGCACAAGGUGAGAGAAUGGGGUUUCGAGAAAGGAUGGGGGGAGAAUGCAGAGAGAGUGAGGGAGACAAUGAGGCUACUCUCUGAGAUACUCCAAGCCCCAGAUCCCAUCAAUACACAAUCCUUCUUCACCAGGCUGCCAGCCGUAUUCAAAAUUGUUAUCUUAUCAAUUCAUGGUUACUUUGGCCAAGCUCAUGUUCUUGGAUUGCCUGAUACCGGAGGCCAGGUGGUUUAUAUUCUGGAUCAAGUAAGAGCCUUGGAGGAAGAAAUGCUGCUAAGAAUUAAGCAGCAAGGGUUGAAUGUGAAGCCCCAGAUUGUGGUGGUAACUCGGCUUAUACCAGAUGCGCGAGGGACAAAUUGUGAUGAGGAGAUGGAGCCUAUACUCAACACAACACAUUCUCAUAUUCUUCGGCUUCCAUUCAGAACAGACGACGGAGGGAUUCUGCAGCAAUGGGUUUCUAGAUUUGAUAUUUAUCCAUACUUGGAGAGGUUUUCUCAGGAUGCUAGUGCGAAGAUUGUUGAGGUGAUGGAAGGCAAACCAGAUCUCAUUAUUGGGAACUACACUGAUGGAAACUUGGUUGCAUCUCUCAUGUCCACCAAGCUUGGAGUAACACAGGCAACAAUUGCUCAUGCACUGGAGAAAACUAAAUAUGAAGACUCUGAUGCCCAGUGGAAAGCCCUUGAUCCAAAGUACCACUUUUCUUGCCAAUUCACAGCAGACUUAAUAGCUAUGAAUGCAGCUGAUUUUGUUAUUGCCAGCACCUAUCAGGAAAUCGCCGGAAGCAAAAGUAGGGCUGGACAAUAUGAGAGCCAUGCGGCCUUCACAAUGCCAGGGCUGUGCAGAGUUGUUUCUGGCAUCAAUGUGUUUGACCCAAAGUUCAACAUUGUGGCACCAGGCGCAGAUCAGUCUGUCUACUUUCCAUUUGCGGAUAAGGACAACAGAUUCACCUCAUUUCAUCCUGCCAUUCAGGAAUUACUUUACAACAAUAAUGAUCAACACAUUGGAUUCCUAGCAGACAAGAAGAAACCAAUCAUCUUCUCAAUGGCGCGGCUAGAUACAGUGAAGAAUCUUACAGGAUUGACCGAAUGGUUUGGGAAGAACAAGAGGCUGAGAGAGUUAGUAAACCUUGUGAUUGUGGGGGCAUUUUUUGACCCUUCAAAAUCCAACGACAGAGAAGAAGCUGCAGAAAUCAGGAAGAUGCACGAUUUAAUAGACAAGUACCAGUUGAAGGGACAGAUGAGAUGGAUAGCAGCUCAAACUGACAGAAAAAGAAACAGUGAGCUAUACAGAAUGGUUGCAGACACCAAGGGGGCUUUCAUACAGCCUGCUUUGUAUGAAGCUUUCGGCCUCACAGUCAUUGAAGCUAUGAACUGUGGACUGCCCACCUUCGCCACCAAUCAAGGAGGGCCUGCCGAGAUAAUUGUUGAUGGCGUCUCAGGCUUUCACAUUGAUCCUUACAAUGGUGAAGAGUCUAGCAAUAAGAUUGCUGACUUCUUUGAAAAGUGCAAGUCAGAUGGCAGAUAUUGGAACAAGAUUUCCUUGGGAGCUCUCAAGCGCAUAAACGAAUGUUUUACAUGGAAGAUUUAUGCCAACAAAGUGUUGAACAUGGGAGCCAUGUAUGGAUGCUGGAGGGAGAUGCACUCAGGCCAAAAACUUGCAAAGCGGCGAUACCUUGAGCUAUUCUACAAUCUGCACAUGAGGAAAUUGGCCAAGAAUGUUGGAGUAGAGGGGCGGCUGCUACCGGCAGCUGCUGCUGCACCAACUGAAACAAUAAUUCCGGCGAGGAAACUGCCGACGACCACAGAAGAAGUUUGUUGUUCAGAUGAAGCAAAAGCCAAAGCGGCGGUGGAGGAGGCAAAGGUGGCGGCAAAACCACAGGGCGAGCCGACAGAAGCAAGCGAAGUGGAGAGCAACUUAAGUGAUGAUAAGGGUGCAUUGCAGGCGAGGAGAAGUGGUUUUACAACAUCAUGUGCAUGCAGCUGGCUGUGCUUAUGCAUCUCUGCUUCUGUCAUUCUAUAUGCCUUGGUCAAAAUGUAUCGUCUGGUGGAAUGAAAUUCAUUCAUCCAAUUCAAAACCACCUACUAUACACCAAAUUAGAGUGACCCAUCCAGCCCGGCCACCACUUCAAAUCUGAUCCGAUCCGAUCCGAUCCGAUCCUUGCUUAUAUUCAAAUUCAUAUGAUGUUGUAAACACAUAAUCAUUCACCUAACCCGCCCCCGCACUAAUAAAAAUGGUUCAUAUUUUUAUUU